AUGUCGUUCCACCCUCGAACCCCUCAAAGCCCUUCCCAGUUUUCUCCGGCUACUUCCGACCUCACAUCGAGCAUGAACAGCUCGGCCCCGUCCACAGCCACAACUCUGCCGACACCCGCCCACAGCGUCAACGGCAGCGCAUCGCAGCCCUCCGAUAUGUCGCAUGACAUCGUCAUGGGCGAUGACUCGCCCCAUAAACGCAAGCGCCCACUCGAAGAUUUGGGUGAUCGAGAGCAGAAGAAAGCCCACAUCGAGGAUAGCAAAACUGGUAUCGAGGCACUCCACCUGGAUGUCGGAGAGAAAUACCUACUUUGCCAAACUCCGCACCACGAGAGACUGCCGCGUAUCACGGAAGACCUCUUCGAGAUGUUCAAUCUCUCGGGCAUCGCUGCAGAAGUCGCUCGCGAAAAGCCGAACGGUGAGAAGAACGCUCUACGGAAGACGUACAAGGGGCAGAUCAAGAAACUCGGAAUUCUCGGCCGCUUCGAUUCCGUCGCCCAAGACUGGGAUGCUCCGAGGGAAAAGGACGGUGAGAGUGGCGAUAAGAAGAGGGAGGUCUACCAUGGCUUCCGGGAAUUGCUGGAGAUUCCCGAUGCCGAGUUCUGGGGCACGCGGCAAGACCCGAUCGCGAGUGGUCUGUCUGGUACUGUCAAGUCGAUACUCAACCGAGCAACGACUAUGGCCAAGGGCCCGAUUCCAGUCAAGGAUUGGGACAGCUCAGUUCUCGGAGAUCUUGCCCCGGGCAGCAUCGAUGCCUUGAGACAGGGUCUCAGUGGCAAGGUGACAGCCCCGGGUACACCUUCCGCGACUACACCUAACCCCUUUGCGCGGAAGCAGCAACAGGGACCUCAGGGGGCUGUCCGUCCUCAACGGACGACCAAGAAGCGCGGCUACGGCGACAACAGCUUCGAGGGGUACGGUGAAGGCUUCCCCGACGACGGCUACUCUACGGGGGAUGGCGACGAUAGGGGAGGCCAGAAGCGGCGAAAGAAGGUUAGCGAUGAUUUGUUCAUGCUGUCCGUAACUGUAGCUGACUCUUUACAGGACGGCAAUGGCCAGACGUUCCCGAAUACGAUGCGUCCGCAAGGCUACGGCCCCAGCGCCGUGGGUGCUUAG